AUGCGACGCAUCGUGGCCGUCUUUGCCUCCAGGCGUUCAGACAAGUCCGACUCGGCCUCCACCGCUCCCUCCACCCGCACCGAGAACACCACCCAGACGACAAAGUCCAACAAGGCUCGCUUUUUCCGCUCCAUCUCACGCAAGAGCAAGCCCCUCGAUCCCGUCGUCGGACGCAUCAACAGCACAGACCUCCACCCCCCCUCCUCGUCCAGUUCCUCCAGCGGCGCACCCACCACCCCCGACGAUGAUCUCCGCUCCCUUCAUCGUGGCCCCAAGGCUUGGAUAUCCACACCAGCCCUCGAUUCCCGUCUAGGUUCGUUCCACCACCUGAACUCCUCCCAGGACGCACGAUUCGCCACCGCUGCCCGCCCCUUCGCAUCCUCCCCCUCCACGUUCCACACCGACACCGACGACGACCUCUCCGAAGAGUCUUCUCUCGCCCCCGAUCCCUCCAGGCCUCCGGAGCGCUCGCCUCCCCUCACUCCCCCCGCUUACCUCCUCGCGGUGACUGAGAACGCGCUUGGCCCUCCAUUCGCACCCCCGCCGCUACUUGACGUUCCGGGCCUCCCGGCCUACCCGCGAUCGUCAAAUCCUCUCCGAGCCCUGCCACGCGUCGAGAGCUUAGAGUCCACCCUCCAUCGUACCCGCCUCAGACGCCGUCUUCACCGCGAUCUCACCCCAGCCGAGACGCAUGAGAUUGGUCCCUCUGCCAGCCGUCGGUCCGUCCCUUCGCCUCGCCCCUCCUUGCAGCUCGACGACACCGCGGUCCGCACCGGCCACCCCAGCUUCCAUUCAGCGGGCCUCCGCCGCUGGGCUGACCGUCCGUGUUUCGAGGACCGCUUCCGCGUCUUGGUCGCCGAGGAUGUCCCGGCCCCGAGCACGAAUGCAGAGCCCCUAUGGACUCGCGUUGUCCCCGCGACGUCCUGCGGUAUUGCCGCCCUGGAGUACUCCAUUACUCUGGAGCUGCUCUCUGGGUUCUAUGAAGAAGACCUGCCGAAGGAUCAACAGCCCGUCCCUGCGACGCCCCGGAUCGCGAUGCCGUCUCUCGAUUCAUUGCGCCUCGACACGCAGCCUUCCCUUGGCCUCACCCUCUUCCAGUCACCGGUGGCCCUCAGCCCAGUCGUGGCGCCUGCAUCCGCGCCUGCGGCCAUUUCUUCGCACCCGCCGUCAGCUCCUGCAUCCCCCACGCAAACCAUCAAAGCGGCUGCCCCUUCCGGCUUGUCAGCCUCACAGUCACGCCCCGUGUCGUACAAGGCGUCUCCCUCUCCGCUCCGGAUGGAAGCAGUGUCGGCGUCGCCGCCGGUCACAAGCGCUGUCCCUUCCCCCUCAAGUCUGUCGCUUGCCACGAGCGUGUCCCAGUCGUCCACCGUUUCUCCCUCCUUCGCUUCCCCUCCCGUAUCGGCCGCAUCUGCGCCUCCAGCCCUCAAGUCAGCGAUGAAGCAAGGUGUCCGGUUCGCGGAGGAAGAGAAGGAAGACCAGAUCCCUCUCGGGUACGUCAUGCGUAUCAAGCAGAAACGCGAGGAGAAGGCGCGCUUCCUGCAGGCGGAGCGCGAACGGCGGAAGCACGAGGAGGAAAGAGUACAACACGAGGAGGAAAAGCGGAGAUGGGAAGCGGAGCGGUCCAAGUGGGAGCGAGAGAAACGGGCGAUGGAAGAGGAGCGGAAGAAGCGGCUCUACGCCGACGAGGUCUCGGCCGCGCGCAACCGUCGGGAGAGCCAGCGGAUGGGGUUCAACGGCAACAUGACGGGCGAGGGCCUCGCGACCGGCCAGUGGGAUCGCGAGCGCAGGCCCUCGGUCCCGGAGGUGAUGACGGGAGGUUCGUACUCUCGCGCCGCCUACGACUCGUCGCAGCCCCACCCCCCGCUUUCCUACCGCCAGCAGUCGGAGUCGUCGCUCUCGAUCCCCAAGCAGAUCCGCCAAGGGUCAACGUCGGGCUCGGGCUCUCCUGGAGACUCGCGUCCGAACAGCGUGUAUGGCUCUCGCCCGCCGUCGAUGCAUUCCAACGCGCCCACGCCGUCAUCGUCGCAGCAAGACUUCCGGGAGCGACGCCAGAGUGGCAGCCAGAGCCGUCGGUCGUCUAUGAUCUCAGAAGGCGGUUCGCGACGGUACUCGCAAGCCGUGCCUAUGCCUCUACCGCCGACGAUGUGGGGCAUGGGACCGAUGCCGAUGAACAUGGGGAUGGGCACGAUGCCGAUGAUGCCGAUGCAGCCCAUAGGGAUGCAACCCAUGGGGAUGCAGCCCAUGUACGGCAUGGAGCCUCUCCUUCCGCCCUCUCCUCCGUUCAUGCACGGCCACGGUGCGCGCUCCCCAUCGCAGAAUAGCUCGCGCGGCUCCCCGACCCGCUCGCAGUCUUCGUCACCGACGAUGAUGCGCCAGGGCCUGCCCUCGUCAGCAAACAGCAGCUCGGAGCGCGUGAACUGUCUCUCGACCGGCCCUCACUCCCGCGGCUCAUCGGGCUCACCGGCGUCGGCGCGCGCGCCGAGCAUCCCGCGGUCGGAGUCGAGUCCCCGCAGGCACGGCCCAGGUCAUCAGCGCACGUCAAGCGGGGAGAUCCUCCCCCAUCGACCGACUGGCCACCCUCGCGUCUCAAGCCACGGCUCUGGGGAGGACCGCGACCGUGACCGCCGUCACUCGCGCGCGGCUGUGCAGGCGAGGCCGUCUCCGACACACAGCCAGUCGAUGCCACUGCAGCCGUCCUCUUCCUCGCUCUCGGGACGCCCGCCACUGUCGCAGCACUCGGCGUCGCAGCCGCCGUCGUCGUUCGGCGUGAACCACGCGCGGUCGAGCUGGUCGACUCCCCGCCCGGGCUUCGAGAACGUGAGCAGGCCGGGGCCGGGGAAGCGGCAGACGGUGCUUUCGUGA